AUGGACGAUUACUUUAAUUGGGCAAAGAAAACAGUAAAGAAAUUCAAUAUUAAUAUAAUAAGUAAUGAUAGUUUUGUUGAUGGUAAAGCGUUUUUAGCUCUUCUUUGUUCGUUAGACAAAGAUCAAAAGACAUUCGAUAAAUAUGCUACUGAGACAUCUCGUACAAUUAAAAGUUAUGUGUACAAACAAUGUGAAGAAAAGAAAUUAUUUAUUGAAGGAAAUGCACGUAUUCCACAAGAGAAAUUUAUGGAAAAAAAUGUUGAUUCAGAAACGAUUCAAACAUAUAUUUUAAUGAUCCGUACAAUUCAAAGAAAUAGGGAUCGUACUAUGAUUGACUCAACUGAUGCAAAUAAAAUCCUUGAUGGAUCUAUCGAUUUAAAAAAAUUAGCACAAGACGACGUUUUAGGAGAUGCUGUUGUUCGUGCUCAAGAUGUUAAACAAAAACAAGAUGAUGUUCAACGUCAAAAAGAACAAUUAGAUAAAGAGCUUAAAGAAAAAGAGGCAUUAAUGAAAGAUAUUAUGAACCAAACUUCUUCUUCAGAAAGAAUAACAAAAGAAAUCCAAGAACAAGAAAUGGCAAAGAAAAAAAGAGAAAUUGAAAUUGAGCAAAGACAAAAAGAACAUGAAGCUAAAAUGAAAAAAAUGCAAGAAGAGUAUGAGGCAUUAUUGAAGAAAACAAGUGAAGAAACCCCUGAAAGAAGAAAGUUGAGACUUCAGUUAGAAGAAGCAAAAAAAGAAAAUGAAAAUCUAAAGAGAAUUAGGGAAGAAACACAAAAAGAGCUUCAAGAAUUAAAAUUGAAAAUGCAAGAAGAAGAAAGAAAACAAAAAGAAUUAGCUGACAAGAGAGAAAAAUUACUUAGAGACACUGAAGAGUUAAAAGAAAAUCAUAAAAAGACAAUGGCAAGACUUGAAAAUAGUUUACGUAAAUGGACUCAAAUGACAGAAGAACUUACAUUAAAUUUGGAUGAUGAAACAGCUAAAAACAAUCAAUUAAAAGAUAUUCAUUCACAAUAUACUUAUGACUUAAACGUUUUAGAUGGUAGUAUUAGAGAAGAACAAAAACAAAAAGAAAGUUUAGAAAAGAAUUUAGAAAAAAUGGAAGAACAUUUCAAAAAAGCAAAGGCGAAAAAAGAUGCUGCUACAGAAAAAGCUAAAAAAUCUUCUGCUGAAGUAGAAGAAGAAAAGAAAAGAAAGAAAAGAGCAGAAGCUGAAUUAACUAGAGAAGUUUCAAACAAAGAGUAUGAAGAGGGGUUACUUAAAAUGACACAAGAACAAGUUGAAGAACUUGAAGCUGAAAUGAAUAAGAUUGUAAAAAGACAAAGACAACUUGCAAGAGAUACUGAAAGUAAAAAGAAAAGUACUGCUGCUCUUAGAGAUGAAGCUGCAUUAAAACAACAAUCAUAUAAACAAAUGCAAGAAGAUGCAGAAAAGGCUGCUGCUGAAAGAUUGGCUAAAAUGCAAGAACGGUAUGAAAUUGUUAAGAAAAGAAAGAAUGAAAUGGUAGAACAAGCUAAGGCUAAAGCCAAUGAUGCACAAAGUCAAAUAGAUUCUAAGAAAGAUGAGUUAACUAAAGCUGAAAAUUCAUUAAAGGAUUUAGAAGAAGAUACAAAGAAAGAAAAGGAUAAAGUUGAUGCUGCUCAAAAACAAUUAAGAAAGGCUAAAGAACAACGUAAAGAUUUAUUAUCAAAAGAGAAAGACGCACAAAGAGAAAUUGAAGAGUUAAAAGACAAAGAAAAAUCAGAAAAAGAUAAAGAACGAGAACAAAAACGUGCUGCUCGUAGAGCAGCAAAAAAGAAAGAACGAGAAAUGUUAUAUGAUGAUAGUGCACUUACUUCUACUAGUGCAGAACUUGCGUUAGCUAGCAAAGAUGCUGAGGAUCUUAUCAACAAACAUAAAUCUAGUGAGACUUUGAUUGAUGAAGAAGAAGACUCUACCACAACAGUUCACCACCAUAGAGACAGAAGUAAAACAUCUCUUGGAAGUGAUGACGGUCAUCGACACCACUCUACCAGAGAUCGGUCUAGCACUCUUGAAAAACCUGAAAGAACUCCAUCAACUCCUGAGGAGAGAAGGGCUCGUAGAGAGGCUAGAGAAAAAGAACGAGCUGCAAGGAGGGCUAAAGGAGAGAAUUAA